AUGUCUUACGCUGAGCAUGGACCGCGUAUCUUUUUGGUGGGCAGGCCAAGUUGUGACGCACCUUUGACGUAUGGAGAUUACGUAUUACCGAGGAAACGAUUGGAGGGUCGUUUGAAGCUAUACAAUUCGUGUACAGACAUUCGAGCUUGGAGCCCGAACAUUUCGGAGAGCUCACGUUACUUUCGCGAGCUCAACGAACAUGAUCCUGCGGCAGGAAGAGUGAUACCGUUCAAUGUGGUAAUGGAAAGCAUGAUAGGACUUACGGCUGAAGCCCAAAACGAGCUUUGCGUUGUGCGGAGGGAACUGCAAAAAUACAAAUCCCUGAAGCUUACCGCAGAACAACAAACGUAUCUGGAGAAUUUCCAUUCCGACACAUAUCUGUCUAUAUAUUUUCAUCCGAGCAGAAGAUUUCGAUACGAUAGAGGGAUUCGCGAUUCAUUAUUAAGUAAUACGCGUGUUCUGAGGAGGAAUCUAAAUACAAAUCCGUUAUUGGAAAAUCAUGCCUAUCUGGCGUCACGUGUAACGUCUUGCGAUAUACUGACCGAAGCUACGCGAGAGCGCAACAAGCAAGCAAAUACUUGCAUCGAGUACAUUGACGUAUCCUCUCAAAUGAUACCAGACGUUUGUGAAGUGGGUGUGCAAACGGAUGGAUGUAAAAAUAAUGACGAUUACAAUAAACAGUCUAAUGUCGAUUCAUCCUCUAGUCAAUCAUAUUACGAGAGUAGCGAGAGUGUGUCUGUAUCUGAAAGUGAAUCAGGAGUGAACUCGGAUCCCGAAAUGUGCGAGAAAAGCCACAAAAGAGUCAUCAUUCAAAAAGAUUCGGAAAUUAUCGUGCUGAAGAAUGAACUCGGUAUGAGGGAAGACGAGUUGGAAGAAUUACGAGAGUUAAAUAGGCACUUGCAGACGUUGUUAAAAGAAAAGAACGAAAACACGGACAUUUUGAAGCACAAUUUCAAUACUCUGCAAGAAAAAUUGAAAGUAGCGAACGAUAAACGUAAUGAUGAAGUGGAAGAUUUCAAUGCGAAACUUUCUUCCGCCGAGUGCCUGGUGGAUCAGUUGAAAGCAGAGUUAGCUAGAAAAUGUCAACUUUGUUAUUUUCAAUCGCAAGAAAUCCAGAAACUUGGGGAACAAGUUAAAGAAGCGGAAUUACUUUCCAUAGAAAACGAGUCUCUUACGCGAAAGGUGAAGGAAAUAGAGUACUUGUCGAAAGAGGCGGAAAGCUGCGGCAUUGCUUUAGAGCAGGUGAAAAAUGUCUGGCGGGAACGGGAUAGACUCCAAAAGCAAUAUCACGAACAAAGUUGCACGCUGGCGGAUAGAGAAGAUGAAAUAAAACAACUAUUGACGUUGAUAAAGCAAAUGUCGGUUACGGCUGACACUCGCGAGGUGCGUUAUUUGGCGGCUUUGCGUGUAGAGAUGAAUGAUGUAGUAGCCGGCUUGAGAAACGAGAUUCAGGCCAAAAGUGACAAGAUCUCGCAGUGCGAAAUGCAGCUAGUUUGCAUGGAGCGGGAAGUCGGUAAUCUGACUAACACGCUGAAAAGUAGUCUGAAUAAUUUGGACGAGGCUAAGAUAGCAUACGAGGGCAUUCGCGAGUACACCAAGUGCGAGCACGACACUUGCUUAGACGUGCAGAGCGCGUUGUCCGCUUUAAAAGCGUUCAUUGCCGAGUUGGAGGAGUGUAAAUUAGAACGUAACCGUCUGCGGGAAAUAGAUAACCUGAAGGCUUGUGUGGCGUGCUACAGCCAAGAGUGCGUCAGCGAGACUGCAAACGCAAAUUUUGAUACUGGACACGGAUCGAUCCAGCCGGCGGCAGAAGAUGUUUCUACGUCGAGCAAUUGCGGCGACUGUCGCUCGUCCAAAGAAUUGGUUAACGUUCAGAUUCAGUCGGACGACGUUGAUUCCACCACAACGUAUUCCGAGGAGUCGGAAAAAGUGGAAGUGGAGUUGAACGAGGUGAUCUCGUAUGAAGAAAUUGAUCGCGCGCUUACAAUGCACAUCAAACAUUCCAUCGACAAGAUACACGAAAUAUCCAUGGCCCUUCAAGGCGCCGGAGAUCAUCACGUGCAGAUCGUCAAAGAAUUCGCGAGGCAGCAGCAGGAGCUGCAAAAAAAGGACCUAGAGAUCACGGAAUUGAAACAACAAGUAGCGGAGCACAUGUUACGAAGAGGCGAGGGCGACUGCAUGAUUCAGGAGCAGCUGAAAAGAAGGAUGGUGGAGAAGGAAAAGGCGCUGGAAGCUAUAAACAAAAGAGACAGCGAGAUCGAGAGACUGCGCGAACAUCUUAUUGCUUUGGAAAGUAAGAUUUCUUCUCACCGCAUCGAGUACGAUACGUUGAAAAUCGAAAAUGCUGAUCUUCUCAACGCGAGGAGUGUACUUUCGAAAGAAAAGGACGAGCAAAACGAAAAACUCAGGGCGCAGAGGGAACAGAUGUGUAAUCUAAUGCAGCAGAUAGAAGACUUGAAGCAGACAAUCGGUGUUUUGAAGGAGGAAACCGAUAACGUCGACGAUAUAAGAAAACAGUGA